UCAACCAUAUUCAUCUAUAUUUUCCUUUUAUUUUAUUCAUUAUUAAUAAUUUGAGUCUCUCUCUCUCUCUCUCUCUCAAAAUCCGAGAAAACGAGGUUAAGAGAUCCGUGAUUGAAUUCUGAAAUUUGGUUUCUUCAGGUCUCUGAUCGUCCUGCUUCUUAUCUGAUCUGUUAUUUGCUUACAUCUCUCAACUAUAUAAGUUGUUUGUUAUUUUGACGAUGGAGACUACGACUGGAGAAAUCACCAUCGUCUGCAACCACUGUGACAGAGACAUUCCAUCACUGAAUAUCGAUCUGCAUCGUGUACAUUGUGCCCGGAAUUUGGAAAAAUGUAAGAUUUGUGGUGAUAUGGUACCCAAAAAGCAUGCUGAAGAACAUUUCUUGAACACACAUGCUCCGAUAGCAUGCUCGAUGUGCAAAGAGACCAUAGAACGUGAGAUUUUUGAUAGUCAUAAAGGAGAAAUUUGCCCUAAGAGGAUUGUAACAUGUGAGUUCUGUGAGUUUCCAUUGCCUGCGGUUGAUCUUGCUGAGCAUCAGGAAGUGUGUGGCAACCGGACAGAACUCUGUUAUCAAUGCAACAGCUAUGUUAGAUUGAGAGAAAGAUAUAACCAUGAAACCAAAUGCCCUGGCACUGUGCUCAACAAUGUUGAAUCAUCCAGAAGGAUCCCGAGAGCAGCAGAAGGAGAUGGAAACGGGAGAAGACGAAGAGAUGGAAACGGUGUUUCGCACAAAAGGCUUUUCUUCACGAUAGCAAUAACGGGAAUAGCUGUCUUCAUAGGAUCGCUGUUCUUCCAGAGGAAGCCUGAGUAGAGGCAUAGCUUAUGUGUAAUUCUGUAAAUUUGUCUCAAAUCCUUCAGACAGAUUCUAAGGAAGGGUUUAUACAUUUUAAUGCUUACCAAGACAAGAGAAACCCCAAAAGUUUGUUUGAGCUGAUCACCAUGAGACUUGCUUUUGUAUUUCAUUUUAAUAAAAGAGAUUUCAGAUUUCUUUGGAA